AUGACCAAAGAGGUUGUGCUCACUUAUAACGCCGUCCCUCCCCUCACUACGUUCUGUGAGAUUUGUAUAUGUUCUCGGGCAACAUUGGAUGUACGAACGAUUUUCACGAUCGUUGAGGGUGGAGUGCAGGGGCAAACAUUUGCUGCCCUUGAAAAUAUGGGCAAGGUUCUUAAGGCUGCAGGAUCGGGACUACAACACGUUGUGAAAGCGAACGUCUAUCUCACAAAUCUGACGAGGGAUUUUUCUGAUAUGAACACCACGUACAUGACGUUCUUCGAGGAAAACGCGAUGCCUGCGAGGACUUGCGUUGGUGUAGCUUCUCUUCCGCUGGGCGCAAGCGUUGAGAUCGAGUGUGUGGCAGAACUUCCAGAUGCUUGAUAUCCAAAGUAAAGCACGAAGAAUGUGAGAAAGUUGUACAAUAUUGUACAGCAGUGCGAUUCAUUGCAAGUCGAUUGCAAAGUACUAUGUAAAUUCUGCGCUUCU